GUUCAAGGCCUGUUGUGCUGCGGCACGGGCGCGCUUCUCGAGAGAACCCCCAUCAUCGAUGUGCUCGCCGUCUACAGCUCUGCGCCACUUUACCACACAGUGGAAAAAGUGUAUGCUUCAUAAAGUUUAUUAUCAAGCUCCAACGCGUACACGCGGGGCCCUGUAAUAAGGCCCGCCCCUGACCCGAUAGAGCUAAAUAUUGUCUCUGCUAAAUAUAGUAGCAUAUAUCAAGGACGUGGUUUUCUACGACCCUUGAGGGUGGCCUGGGGACGGAGGGCCACCAUGAGGGCCGGAGCCGGGCGCCUCAGCGCUGCUGAGCGAGCUUGCGCGGCAUCUUCAAGGGUGAUCCUUGCGCCGCUGGCUUCGUCCACCGCCAGCACAUCGGGGAGAGUGCACUUGCAGGAUGUUGCUCCUGUUACCAAUCAGAUCGCAGCCGGGCUUCACAAGCCAGGGCAUCAGCGGACGGCACGCAUCAGUUGCGCCGCUGCCCAGCGAGGUCACGUAGCGUCGACGUCCACUAGCACUUCUUCGGUUCCCUCGCAAUUCAUCUUGUUGACCGAAUGCGGCUCGCCUCCAUCAGCAGCUGACGUUCAGGAGGUGCUGCCCCACCUGACUCCCAAGCAGCUGGCGGACGCAGUGUGGUGCUUCGCGCAGCACGAGGUGAAGCCGACGGCGGAGCUGAUGGACGCUGUGGCGCAGGAGAUCCACAGCAAGCUGGCGCACUUCAGGGCCCAGGACCUGAGCAACACGCUGUGGGCGUUCGCGAUGCUCAAGUACCAGCCCACGGAAAUCUGGUGGCAGGACUUUGAACGCCAGGUGUACGGCGCACUCACGGACCUCACGGAUCGCCAGCUGGCGAACCUGCUCUGGGCGUUCGCCGUGCUGGAGCGGCGGCCAGUGGUUGCAGACACCCUGCCCGCAGCCGCCUCGGCGUCGGCCUCGACUUCUUCCUCCGCUGUGGGGUGUGCGGACGGGCUAUCGUGCAGUGGCGCGGCGGCGGGAGCAGGGGCGGCGGCCAGUGGCGGGGUAGGUUGCUCUGCUGUGCCCCAGGUGGAGCUGCUGGCGGCUUCUGAGCGCCGCUCCGGCUGGGUCCUUGACCCCCUGCUUGCACACAGCUGCGCGCGUGGCUUCUCUGGCUACUCGGCCGGCAGCCUGCACCUGCUGGUGUGGUCUCUGGGCAAGCUGCACCACCCGCCGCCGGCUGCCUGGCUGGAGGGCUUCCUGCCGGCCGCGGAGUCUCAGUUUUUCCGCUUCUCGCCGACCGAGCUGUCCAACAUCAUUUGGGCACUGGCCAAGCUGGGUGUGGAGCUGCCAGGCCCAUGGCUGGAUAAACUGCUGCUGGUUGUGCAGUGGCGCUUCCCGUCCUUCCCCGCGCGGCUGUUGAGCAUCGUGGCCUGGAGCACGGCCACGCUCAACCACCGGCCGCAGCAGGAGUGGCUGAUGUGCUUUGAGGAGCAGGUCCGCGCCAAGUUCCUGGACUUCACAGGCCACGAGCUGGCGUGCGUGGCCUGGUCGCUGCGGCGGUUCGGCUACUCGACCCGCAACAACGCGGUGUUCUACAUGCUACAGAAGCAGCACCGCUUCCUAGCCGCGGACUUCGAGAUCCUGUCCAACCCCAAGCUGCUGCGACAGGUGCUCGGGUGGAAGGGGGAAGGGCAAAGCGGGAGCGCCUCUGAGUGCGGCAGCGAUGAUGAACUGAGCGGCGGCAGGUGAUGUGGCUUCGCAGCAAUGCAUAGGCGUUUUGUUGGCCGGCAGUCCUGCAAUACAGGACCUCUACUGGCAUGUAGACAUAUGAACUCUACAUGGGAGAGAAAGUAUAAGAUACAGGCGCAGUUGGUGCGGUACGGCUGCGAGUUACUCGGCCAGUAGCCGGGCGUUGGGCGCCAGGUAGCGGAUGGCGGUACCUUGCGGCAUGUCAGGGACGUCGCUGACCCGUUCUGGCGCGGCCUACUGCCCAGGCAUUGAGCAUGUGCUGCGUUCCUGGGGCCUUUGCUGGCCAUUUUAGCUCAUGUGCGGCUACGCACUGAUGCUGAGAGGCGAGGCUGGGCCAGGAGCGACCAUGCAGUAAGCAUUUGGCAUGGGGUACAUCGGCACACGCAGGGGAUUACGCCUAGGUUGAAGGCGAUGUGGGGGGACGUUGUGGACGAUUGCGCGUCGGGCGCAGGGUCCAAUGCAUACCCGCGAAGAAUGAUUUGUAGUGGUGGUUUACGCAAGCGUUUUGUGAGCAUCGCGCACAAGUUAAAGGCCGAGCGCGUGGUGCUGCGGAUUCUGACGCGCAGACGUGGGGUCUGCAGGCUCCUGCGGUAGCAGGCAUGUGUGGCGAGAUUACGAGCUGCUCAGAGAGGGCAGCCAUGCUCAGGGCUAAGCAGGCAAGACCGGCGGUGUUGGCAGAUGAAGGAUUGACGGCCCGGCCACUAAGCUCUGAGGGUAUGAACGAUAUCCCAGGGAUGUGGGCCCUGGGCUCCAUGCGUUGACGCAUCAGGCGGAGAGGCGCCGAGAGACUGCGUGAGCGACUGCUGUGCAGGAAGAAGAGGAAUGCACUGGUGGGAGGAUGAAAAUCGGCGGAGCCGGUUACCGUUGACGUGGUAUGUACAAUUGAUUUCGAAGGACUCAGAAGAUGCUUGGGAGGGAUUGCGUAGGCGACUGAGGUCGGUGCGCCUGCGGGCAUGCAUGCAAGGAAAGGGGGCGUGCACGGUGCGUUGCCAAGCCAGGGCAGCAGCGGUUGCGCCGCGUUGCAGCUACAGGGUUGCAUUUGGGGCAUUGGAGAAGCGAUGGGGGUUGCACGGUCGGCGUGUGGCUUUGCCCGCGCAAGACGUCGUGUGUAUGUUUGAGUCACGAUGGGCAUUAAUUUGUGCCGAAAUUAGGCAGACAAGGCAGAGGCGUCGGUUUGUUUAUAUGAUGCAGUGUCGGUGGAUAGACUGGUGUGGUUUGCGGUUUGGCGGGCUCGCUGUGGUGCGCGUGCUGUUGGUAUAAGGGCUGUCAAGUUGGUUUAAUCCAUGAAGGUGUGUGGCGUGGCUUUGUGCGAUGUCCCUCAAUGUGUUACGUAUGGUUUUGCUGGUGCGCGGUAGUCUGGUAGGUAUUUGGGCGCGCGCGCGGACGCGUUCAAGGGCCGGCGCUCCGCGGACCCGCGAUUUGAUGAUGCAAAGAACGUGCGGCUCGUGUACAGUCGCGAUGUAUUUCUUUUCCGGUUAGGGCUGGUGGCAGAGAGGGUUGCGCGUGCUCCCUACCUGCUUCGGCCCGGCUGGACUCAUGGAGACGAGACCGCAAUCCGGAUGGACGCCCACCCCGUGCCGUGCUUGGGUCGGGAGUGCCGGUGCCACGAUGCGGACCGACACGUGUGAGGCGGGGCAUAUCGCGCCUCGCGCGUCGUCUUCUAUAAAACAAACCCUUUGAUUCCUUUUUUGUGUCAUGUCGGGUGACGAGGAGGACUGAUGGAUGAGUGGUUUUGCCUGUUUGAAUUUUUUCAUGGCCCAUCGGCGGCAGCCCCUGUGCCCAUGGCGGGGUGGUCGAGUGUCGGGAGCCGACAAUACACUAUACAGCCGCUGGCCAGGCCAGUGCGCGAUCUUGGUGAUGGCUUUGAGGAUGCCGGGACGAGGACGAAGAAUCGAGGGAGGAGGACGAGCGUGCGGGUGGUAGGAGAGACAUGAAUGGCUGUAAGUGGACAGAGGA